GAGAGUCUGGGAGCUGUUUGACGACUGCACUUUUAUUUUCUGCGAGAGGAAGGAGCGCCGAAAGUGUGUCUUCAGAAAGCAGAUAAAGUCGCACAGAUUCAUUCUGCUGCAGGACUAUGUGGAGGGAGUCCAUAAUGGAUGUUUUCUGAUUGGACUUUCAAACCAAACGCUGCAGUUUCAUUUUCAAUUCAACAUUUUCUGCUGCUUCUAUCAAGUGGAUACCUAUUCUCGUGUCGAGGGGAGCAACCUUGCAGUCUCUUGUGAUUUUAUACAGAUUUUGGAUGCACCGAUGAGAGACCCAGUUUUCACGGGGACUGCGAUGGCUUAUCAACCUUUCCACGCUCAUCGACCGGUCGAAUUUCCCGUGUCAGCCUUCCUCUCGGCCGCUCAGCCGUCCUUCUUCCCGGCACUGACGCUGCCUCCGGGCUCCCUGGGCAAACCGAUAGCGGAACAAGCUUUUGCUGCAGCCGCGGAAGCCGGUCUUAACACGCUGGGUCAUCACCAGCAGGCGGCUCAUCUGCGCAGCCUAAAAGGCUUCGAGUCGGCGGAGGAGGAAGCCGAGGACGACCCAAAAGUAACUCUAGAGGCUAAGGAGCUUUGGGACCAGUUUCACAAAAUAGGGACCGAAAUGGUCAUUACCAAGUCUGGAAGGAGGAUGUUCCCGCCCUUUAAAGUCCGCAUUAAUGGUCUCGACAAAAAAGCCAAGUACAUCUUACUGAUGGAUAUAAUGGCUGCGGACGACUGUCGCUACAAGUUCCACAAUUCCCGCUGGAUGGUAGCCGGGAAGGCCGACCCGGAGAUGCCCAAGCGGAUGUACAUCCACCCGGACAGCCCGGCCUCCGGCGAGCAGUGGAUGGCCAAGCCCGUCACCUUCCAUAAGCUCAAGCUCACCAAUAAUAUGUCUGACAAACAUGGGUUUACCAUCCUGAACUCCAUGCAUAAAUACCAGCCGCGCUUCCACAUAGUGAGAGCCAACGACAUCCUGAAGCUUCCCUACUGCACCUUCCGGACCUACGUUUUCCCGGAGACGGAGUUCAUCGCCGUCACCGCCUACCAGAACGACAAGAUAACUCAGUUGAAAAUUGAUAACAACCCCUUCGCUAAAGGUUUCAGAGACACGGGGAACGGGAGGAGAGAAAAGAGAAAGCAGUUGACUCUGGCGCCACUGCGAGCAUUUGCGGAUCCGGACGGCGGGGAGUCGGACGCUUCCUCUUGCGACCCAGGGGCCGCUGGGGACUCGCCGGCCGGGUCCGGGACGACUCGCUCUCAGAGAGAUGCGAGGACCCACACAGACAGUGACCAGGAACCAGACCACCUGGAGAAUCCCUCUGUCAGACCAAGCAGCCCCGGGCCCCGGAGCCCACCCUCUGGGCCGCGGUCAGUAGGUGGGGCUAAUCCCAGUAAGAAGGGAGACCCAGGAAACCCCAGCGAUCUCACGCAGCAGAAAGACCAGUCGGAUAGCAGGUGCAGGAACAGGGUGGACCACAGGACCCUGGGGAGUACCGAGGGCGGCUCCUACCCAGUGCUGCUUCAGAUGGACAGCCCCUCCCACCUGAGCACCGCCCACCUGCAGGCCCUGGCCCUCUCCAGCCUGCCUGGCCAGUCAUUGUACGGCCCCCAGCCCCUGUUCCUGCCCCCAGGGCAGCUGGCCGUGACGCCCGGGGGCUUGUCCGCUAUGGGCAUGGGGCAGCUGCUGGCAUCCGUCUCUGGCGUGACAGGCCUGGGGGGCAGCGCACUCUCAGGGGGGCCCUGUGGAUUCCCGUGGCAGCUCUCACAGGGCAUCCCUCUGCCCGCCUUGGGAGCGCUGUUCUCCCACCCCUACGCCUACAUGGCAGCCCCCCUCUCACGCAGCCCGCUGUUGGGUGCUGCCCGGUCCUGCCUGCACUACAGCCCCUACCCGGUUCCCGGUGCCCUGUGCCAGGGCGCUGGCACCCUCGCUCGGACUGUGCCAGCCAGCCGGGAUACGAGUCCUGUGGCCCCGCCCACUCCGGAGCGCCAUACGGUGACCUACAGGGGCAAAGCCUUACCAAAGGACCCCAUUAAUGAGCUGCAGAGCAUCCAGAAGCUGGUCAGCGGCCUGGAGGGGCAGAGGAGCGCCUCCCCGAAGUGACACGUGCGCCUCCCGCAGGCCAGGUCCAGAACAUCCAGCUCACUGCGAUGCAGCUCGGCACAGGAUUGGACGUCCACACCUCACUGGGCUGAACAGCAGGCAGGAACUCCCUAAACCACGUCCUGAAGAGGUGGACGCCUGACUGACAGAAGCCCCACGGGCUAUUUUCUGCGUGCGCGUCUCACUGAGGCUUAUAGGAGAUCCGAGGUGGGCGACUUUCUGCCGAGAAGUGGAGCGUGACGGCAGAAUGAAACGGCUACCUGUCACCGCCUUCAGAGACAGGCGUUAACCGUACAGAAGAGCACCGAGGGCAUCGGGAAAUACGGAUCGGGAAGGUGCUUAGGCUGAGGAACCACCAGCCGGCUUCAUGGAUGCCUGAAUUUGACUUAUUUAUGUGAUUAAAUAGAAUCAAUUAUGUAAAUAAGCAGCAUGCAGACUGGUAUUAAUUUAUUUAAUGGUGUACAUUGGUUUGUACAUAAUGUUUUUGAUCUGAUCUGACCUCACACUGCAACGACGGGGUGAGUUCAGGUAUUUCACUGUCAUCCCGUUGCUGAAGAAAAAAAAAUGUUUCUAAUCGGCCGUCUUCAUGCUGGUUACUGAAACACUACUUUGCUCUCACGUUUUCGGACACUCAAUAAAAAACAAAUUGUUAAUUGUUAGUUACACAUUUUAUAUAUUUCACUUCUUUUAUCAUUUCAUUAGGAUUUGUUUGCAUCGAGGUUUUUACUUUUGCUUUUCUACUUUUUAUAUUAUUAUAUAAUGGUAUUGACAGUACAGGCCGGUACUGAACCAUUUAUUUUGUUAAAGAUGCACGGAAUUGUAUUGUACAGUUAUUAUGAUUUUAAUCGCCCUCAUUUGAUGUUUAUUUUUAUAUACAUUAUCUGCAAUAUAAAAUAUUGAGGAAGAUUUUAAA